GACCUGUUGAUUACACAAGCAUCAGUUAUUGAAGAUGGAAUCCACAACCUCUCCCACCCCUCUGCAGCAGAGUGACGGGCUGUCCCAGUCCUCUCUGCAGCCGUUAUCACUGUGACCUGGCCAAAUCUCACAAGCAGGCUCAGUACUGGCUCAUGCCUGGUCAGUACUUGGAAGAGACACUUCCCAGAGCACCUCCAGUCUGCUGCAGAAAGUUGUGACGGGGUCUCAAUAGUGACCGUUCAUCCUGCUGAACCAGGCUUCCUGCAAUGCGGCAAUCGCUAGCAUCCUGAGUGAGCCUUAGUUCAGUGCUGACUCAGAGGGGAAAGUGCCUCCUACACCAACAUCACCUUCCUACAGCCAUCUGGGUUUCCCUUGUUUCCUUAUUUCACUGUCUGACUCUGCUUUAGCGUAAGGCCUGUAACAAUCACCACCUCGGAGGGGCCUGACUGUGUAUUGCCCAGAAAAUAUUGUAAGUGUUUUUUUUGUCUCAAUCAGAUGAGUUAUUUUUAUGUUGUUGUUCGGUAGAAGAGCUGACCCUGAGCAGACCAGCUCAUCUUGCAUAUGGAUCAAACCCCCCCUUCAGAUUUUCACAUCAACGGCAUUGAAAAGUUGUGAGGUUACUGCACAAAUCUUUCGGAAACCCAGAUAUCUGCACGAAGUGAACCACACCUGCCUGCAUCUCGUUCUGCCUCUUCUCCCCUGUCCUACAACAGCCUGUGUGGCUCAGUGCUGUGCAGGGAGAGAGAGGAUCAGACUGGUGCCCAGAUGCCCCAGGGGGUGAGGAGCUUUGGUGGUGGUGGCAGCGGCAGCAAAUGCAGAUCCGUGGGCAGCGCUCGGCAGCCGCUCUCCUGACAGGGAAGAGAGCUGACACCAGGAGGAGGCCCAGGGAACCCCACAUCCUGGAAAGCAGCUACAGACAAUAGGAGGAAACAACUCAUGUCCUAGCACCGCUUCCUCCAUCAGGUUAUGUGACUUGUUGGAUGCAUAUGAGCUGAAAGGGGGAAGAGUCACCAGGACAAUCACUCCACAGCACAUGGCGUGUUUGGAGAGGAGCUAAAGCACUGGAGCUGCGCAGCAAAUACCCCCCAGCAGAGCCGUCUCUCAGGACAGUGCAGGAAGGCUGAUUGACACCGCCUGAGUCUCCAGCCCUGGGAGCGGGAGGGAAUCCAGAGGGAGAGGAGGAAGUAGAGGCACAUGGAAGCAGAACAGGAAGGAGAACGUUGGUAUGAACUGGUGAAAAUCUGUUGCCAGCCAAAGCCAGACCUGGUGAUUAUUCCAGACCACUUGAAGCCCUAGAAACCCUCCAAACUUUUGGAACAAAAUAUCAUCAGAGAGACGCUAUGUCGAGGCUCUGGAUUAUGGUCCUUGUUCUGCUGUGGAUUCCAGUCAUGGCCAUCGCACAGCUCCCAGGCAAUGUCCAGUGCCCUGUGAAUUGCUCCUGCUUCUUCUCCCAGUGGUUUGUCCGGUGCUCCAAUGCCAGCUUAUCCUCUCUUCCCCCUGGCAUCCCCAAUGCCACCGUGGAACUCGACCUGCAGCACAACCAGUUCAGCACCCUCUCAGCAGGCUUCUUCCCAGAACUGGCUGAGAUCAGCAUCAUUUACCUUGGCAGCAGUGGCAUCCACCAGGUUGAGCCGGGGGCUUUUCAGGGGGUCAAGAAUCUGUACCAUCUCCACCUGGACAACAACCUCCUGGAGCAGGUCCCAGAGGGUGUCUUUGAGAAUCUGACAAAUCUGAUCUUCCUGCACCUGGAGCACAACCAGAUUGCUCACCUCCUGCCAGGUGGGUUCUCUUCUCUGAAGCAGCUCAGUGUCCUGGACCUGAGUAACAACCUGCUGCUGGAGCUCUCUGACCAAGCCCUUCACGGCCUCCCGCGGCUGCGUCAGCUCUACCUGAGUGCGAACCGUAUUACCAAUGUCUCCAGCAAAGCCCUCCCAGGCACCCUGCGGGCCCUCAGCCUAGACGGGAACCAGCUGGCGAGCGUGCCUGCGGCCAUCCGCACCUCUCCCAUGCUCUCCACUCUACAGCUGAGUGGUAACCCCAUCCGGAAGCUGACGUCUCUCUCCUUUGGGAGGAGGCUUCGGUCCCUAAGGCAGCUGUUCCUGGACAGCCUGGCCCUGGAGCAGAUCACCAACUUGGCUUUCACCAGGCUCCGCUGGCUGGAGCUUCUGAGCCUGAGGAACAACAGCCUGGAGUCGCUUCCGCCUCUGUCCUCCCUGAAGUCGCUCUCCACUCUGUAUCUGACUGGGAACAAGUGGCGCUGUGACUGCAAACUGAUCUGGCUCCGCACCUGGCAGAAGAAGGUGCUCCGGAAAGAACGCAGCCCUGUAGAGUGCAGCUCCCCGGGGGCGCUACAGGGACAGCUCCUGGUGGACGUAGAGUUACAGAAGCUGACUUGCCCACCUUUUGGGACGGACUCCACCACCCUCAGCCCCGCUGAGAACACGAAUACACCCACGGCCAUUGCUCCACCCAGAGACAUACCUCUCCCAGGGGCUGCUACCACAACUACUGCCAUGACCUCUGCCGCCCUGAUCACCACGAGGAGGCUCCCCAGCUCCACCACGCACUCAGCUACCUCCCUUCACCAUGUGCCGGAGAGGUGGGACCCAUGCUUGGCCGACCACAUCAGCAGCGUCAGCAUCAGGACAAAGGGUGACACCUCCCUGGUGGUUUCCUGGUCUUUCUCCGGUGACCACGACCAAUUUGAGGUGCGGUACACGGCUGGCCGGGAUGAGCAGGUGCUGCGGGUGGUGGGAGGGCUGGCCGAGGUGACGCUCCAUGAUCUCCGCAGGGGGACUGAGUACAGAGUCUGCGUCAUCCCCCAGAAUGAGAAUCUGCUGGAGUGCCAAGCCCCUGCUGCCCGGCAGUGCACAGCAGAGCGCACUGCUGGCCUUCCUAGUGACACACAGCCCGUACAUGCCCCGCUCGGCCACAGCCACUCAGCCGUGGGUUUCGGUGUCACUGUCGCUCUCCUAGCACUCGCAGCACUGGCCCUGGCUGUCACCUACAGACUGCGGACACGGCCGAUCCAAUUCCAGCGCUACUAUGAUGAAGAUGGGUCACCCCUUCAUCGCAGGAGCAGCAACCAAGCCAAGAUGACCACGGACCCAGUUGACGAGAGCAUGGAGGACGAGGUCCGGCACAGUUAUGUGACAGCUGCCGGCCGGUGCCCAGAGGAGAAAGUAGACUGCACCGUGUCUGCCCCACCCAGGCUCACACUUACAUCCACACCCACGUAUGUGACUCUGUGAUUCUAACUGCUUCCCGGCAUCCUACGGCUGAGCAGGAAUUGCCUCAUGGGGUCUGCCACUCACCCAGGGACCUGACACCAUAGAGCCCCGAGGAGUAAACCAGACAGUUCUGUAACCGCCCCUUAUGACUGACAUGGACAAUAAAACGGAGCCCUAGAAAGUUGAGAUGGGAAAAGCCUGUGGCUUAGGGCCCUUUUUGUACAGCCCAGUCCAUGCCCGUUCCAGCCAGUGCAGGGUUGCUCCCGACAGAGAAUCCCCAGGGAGGGUCUUGCACAGCCUCAUGAAUAGUUUUGAAGUGCUGGAUCUCCAUUGGGGUACCCAUGUGAUUCACAAAGCCUUUCACAGCCAGGGUGAUGUAAAAUGGCAGGGUUGGUGACUGGUUUCCAUGACAGGCAACUUCUACAUGGCUGAGGGGUUGCUAUUUAUAGCAAAGCUGGACUGGAAAUCGCAGGAGAACCCGCUUUUGGAGUCAAUUCCCCCCCUCCAGGGGGGAUUGUUUACAGCUUCUGCCACCCUCCA